GGUCUGUACCCCGUCCUAAUAUGCGGAUUAAACUGCAAAUGCCUGGGCAUAUCACUCCACUCUUUGAGGCAAACAUCAUCAUCCCUCUCAUGAUCAUCCCCAGUGGACUCGCUCAACCCCUGCUUUUUACUGAUAAACUUGAGAAAGACCAGUGUUACCCCACCCACCAUAACCACGAGAGCCACAGUAACCGCCAGUUCUCUGACGCACCAAUAUUUAUUCCUCUCCGUGUCACCUCAAUUUCAACAAACACAUCCGCAUUGCGCGCCUGCACACCUCACAGUGCCUAGAGCUUUCGCUUCACAGCCGAGGCGUUCACACCCUACUCCAGCCCUGCAACUGCAGCCCCCUUUCUGCCUGUCCAAGGUUACAAGUCCACCCCUCAGCCUCUUGACUUCAUUUUCCCUGCUUUCACAUUGUCGAGGAGUUUAUCGACCAGAUGCAGAAACAAGUUUCUUCCUGGUUCAAUUUUCAUUAUUUCUCAGCGAUGCUGAAUCAUUUCCCGGGGACCAGAUGAUUAUUAUCAUCCCUGAGGAGCUCUUGAACUAUAGAUAACUGGGGGAAGGUCGUGGCAUUUAUCGCUGACAGAUUUUUUAAAUUUAUUUUUCUAUCUGUUCAUGUUAGAUUUUUUUUUCCCUCUCUGUGGAGGGGAAUUGAGGGGAUAGCGCAUGUGCUGGGGAGAGGAGGUGCAGUGCACGAGGGGUGAACUUGCAGUGGCGAUUGGGAUGUGGGUGGAAGAUGAUUGGGAGUAUCACGAGGAUAUUGGGAAGAGUCAGGCAACAGUUUAAUUAUUCAACUGUCAGCAAGGCACGUGAUCGCACUUGGGGAGGUCCCUGGAGGUCGAGGGAGGGGAGGUACGACCGAUGCCAAUCCUCCGAGGAACCGCAUACUUUUUAUAAACAAGGAUUGUCACUGUUUCCUUUGGGAAUUAAGAUGCCGAGAACCAGAAGGCGUCAUCGCUCGCGUACCCACUCGAGGUCUCGUUCUCAUUCAGCGAAUGAGCCGCAGUUCGAGCACAAACGUAGGCGAAUCGAUUAUGAGAGCCCCCAGAGCAAGGGCACGUACAGGUGA